AAGCUCGAUCGGCUUAUCUCCGAAUUCCAAUCCAUCUCCAACCCAACCGACCGAUUGAAGCGAUUGUUUCACUACGCUACUUUGCUUCCUCCAUUUAAUGAUUCGCUGAGAAAGGAUUCCAAUCGAGUUAUGGGAUGUACAGCCCAGGUUUGGUUGGACGUGAUGAUGGAAGGUGAUGGGAAGAUGAGGUUUAAAGCGGACAGUGAUUCGGAGAUUACAAAAGGGUUUUGCUCAUGUUUGAUUUGGGUUCUUGACGGGGCACCGCCGGAGGAGGUGUUGGGUUUGAAAACGGAAGAUUUGGGGGCUUUGAAUGUUGGUGGAUUACAGGGUCGGAGUAAUUCUAGGGUAAAUACUUGGCAUAAUGUUUUGAUUGGUAUGCAGAAGAGGACUAAAGCUCUGGUUGCAGAGCGAGAGGGGAAGCCACCAAGUGAGCUGUUUCCAUCUCUGGUUAUUACUGCAGAUGGUAUGGAUGCCAAGGGAAGCUAUGCUGAAGCUCAGGCAAGGUUUUUGUUACCUGAUGAGUUGAAGGUUCAAGAACUUGUCAAUGUGCUAAAAGAAAAGAAAAUUGGUGUUGUUGCACACUUUUACAUGGAUCCUGAGGUCCAAGGUGUCUUAACUGCUGCCCAGAAGCACUGGCCUCACAUCCAUAUAUCUGAUUCGCUGGUUAUGGCAGAUUCAGCUGUCAAGAUGGCAAAAGCUGGUUGCCAAUAUAUUACAGUUCUAGGUGUUGAUUUUAUGUCCGAAAAUGUGCGUGCAAUCCUUGAUCAGGCUGGCUUCUCAGAGGUAGUCUUUUCCUCUUCUUUUCAUGUCUUCUUAUUUCAUCACUUUGUCAGUUAUAGAUCCAAUUCUAAAACAGUGGGCACAGUUUUCAUGUUAACAGAGUAAAAAGUGCUACUUGGU